CAAGCGCCAGCCGCAAGACGUGCCGUCGUCAACGACUCUGAGUUUCUGACUUGUCUCCUAUUUUUGUCUUUCUCUCUUGUUUCCCUCUCUUUUGCUUCUUCGUUUUUUCGCCUGAUAAACUUUCGAAUACGUCACACUGCUUCUAAUCACUAUAUUUCUGCAUAUUCUUUGUCUUUUUUCUAGAAAAGGGAAAAUACAACGGUCGCUUUUCAUCCCGUCACCUCCUCCUCCGCGCUGCUCUGGUCCCUUUCCAAUCUGAAACAUCACCACUCUCGCCUUCUCCUCUACGAGAUCUAAACCAUUUAGAUCUAUCUCCCCAGAUGCACCCUCCCCAGGGCAUCGAGAGUCUAGUUCCCGCCGUCGAUGAUGCUUCUUCGCUAGCCCUCGCUCUUGACGCUCCUUCGACCGUCCUCAACAUGGCCACCUCCAUCAUCGCCUCCGCGACCGUCGCGGCUACUGCUACGGGUUCUGCGUCGCCUCAGUCCGAAGAUGGAUCACCCGGCGAGUGUUCAUUACUGGGACCUUUCGCCUUGCUUGUCCAGGGCGCGCUCGGCGCUUUGGCCUUGCUCUCGCUCGUGUACAAGCGCUGGCGGGAGAGGCCCCAACGUCCCCUCAAGAUCUGGUUCUUCGACGUCUCCAAGCAGGUCUUUGGCUCCGUUCUUGUCCACAUCGCCAACAUCUUCAUGUCCAUGUUGACAAGCGGUCGAUUUUCAGUCCAGGUGGAACCGGCGACAACGAAAGUGGCUGCUCGGUCAGAUGAUGACUACGCCCCCAACCCGUGUUCCUUCUACCUCCUCAACCUCGCCAUUGAUACCACCCUCGGAAUUCCCAUCCUCAUUAUCCUUCUCCGCGUCCUCACCGGUCUCGUCCGUUUCACCCCCGUUGGCCAACCACCCGAGUCUGUACAAUCAGGAAACUAUGGCAACCCGCCUAAUGCCUGGUGGUGGUUAAAGCAAUCAGUCAUCUACUUCUGUGGUCUUUUUGGCAUGAAGAUUUGCGUUCUCAUCAUCUUUAUCAUGAUGCCCUGGAUCUCCGUUGUGGGUGACUGGGCCCUCGGCUGGACAGAGGGCAACGAGAAGCUUCAAAUCGCCUUUGUCAUGAUGAUCUUCCCCCUCAUCAUGAACGCCCUGCAGUACUAUAUAAUCGACUCCUUCAUCAAGCUCAAGGAGCCAGGCGACCACGAGCCCCUUGCCUCUGAGGAUCCCGACGACGGCCGGCCUAGAAGGUACGACGACAGCGAGGAUGAAACAUCGCGCGUUAGACUCGUGGACACGGAUCACGAGAGCGACAGUGAUGCCGAUGAAGAGGCUGCCAAGCUCCCUUCGCGGCCCCAGAGCAAAGACUCGGAUGAGUAUGAUCCCGAGCGUGAUGGCGACGACCGGACAAUCAUAGGCAGCAGUUCGAGCGCGCGGGACGAGGCGGGUAAGAUCACACCUCCCGAGCUAUUCCCCAAGGAGUAAGAACGGCAAGACUCAAGAGGAGGAACUUUGACUUUGCAAGCGAUGUUUUUGUUAGAAUUUUGCUGGGCUUGUUUCUGGAGGCAUCUGUUUUGUCAAGCGGUCCGUUAUAUGUUUAGCUGUAAACUCGCACUCCCAAUAGGGCCCCUGGAGGGACAAUCGCCCAUCGGAGGCAUACACGAUU